AAUGUCGAAUACUUGUGGUUCUUUUACCUAUAAUAAAUCAUCCUCCUCUCCCUCUUCUUCAACAGAUCCCAUGGCAAAAUUACUUACUAGACUUAGAUCUCGUACUCGAAUUUCUUUAGUUAUUUUUGGUGCUGUAAUGAUACAUUUAACUAUUGGCACUUAUCACACUUUUGGUAAUAUGUUACCUUAUAUGGCUUCUUAUAUGAAUAACUUUACUGAUAAAAGUGUUAAAAUUGAACAUUUAAUUUGGAUACCCACAUUUCAGGGUUGUUUUCCUUUUGCAAUGAUUAUUGGCGGAUUUUUGGCUAGAAGGUUUGGCCCUAGAAUAGCUGCUGGAAUUGGUUGUUAUACAAUGUGGUAA